CCCGCCCUCCGUGCCGUGCGGCCGGGCUGCGGCCAUGGAGCUGCCGCGGGGGCGGCUGCUGGCUAUCAGCGAGGAGCUGGACGAGGCUGAGCUGGCGGCGCUGAAGUUCCUCAGCCAGGAGCACGUCCCCAGGAGGAGGCUGGAAGCCGCCCGGAGCCCGCACGACUUGUUCGAAGCGCUGGAGGAGAUGGGCGUGCUGGAGGCGGGGAACCUGGCCUUCCUCCGGGAGCUGCUCUACCGCAUCGGGCGGAUCGACCUCCUGGUUGCCCACCUGGGCUCCAGCCGGCAGCAGGUGGAGAGGGAGCUGCGGGCGCCGGGCGGGGCGCGGGUGCCGCCGCUCAGAUACUUGCUUUUUCAUUUGUCUGAAGAUACAACCGAAGACGAGCUGAUGUCUUUUAAGUUCCAUUUGAUCGAAGAAUUACCAAAAAGCAAGCUAACCCAUGAGACUACAAUGCUCGACAUUCUCACUGAGAUGGAGAAGAAGGGCCUUCUGGGGAAAGACAACCUAAGUAUGCUGAGGAGUCUCUGUGAAAAAAUUAACAUCAGCCUGUGGAACAGAAUUGAAGAUGGAUUAAACCUGUAUGGCCAAGAAGAGAUGCGCAUCACAGAGGAAGGGAGGAGCAGCACAGGAUGCCCUGAGAGACAUCUGGUGUCAUCUGUAGCACUUGAUCCUCCUGGCAGUUUUAAUGACUCCUCCCAGCUGCUUGAAGCUUACAAAAUGACCAGCCGACCCUGUGGAGUGUGCCUGAUCCUGAAUAAUCAUAAUUUUGCAAAAGCUAGGGAAGGAGUGCUGGAACACAAAUACAUGAGGGAUCGGAAUGGGACAGAUGUAGAUGCAGCGGCUCUGAGGAAUGUCUUUAGCAAGCUUCAUUUUAGAGUAGAAGAAUAUAGAGACCUGACUGCAGAAGAAAUCCGUAAGACUGUGAACAUCUUCCGGAGUGAAGACCAUGAGGAUGAGGACUGUUUUGUUUGCUGUAUCCUGUCUCAUGGGAAAAAAGGCAUUAUAUAUGGUGUUGAUGGGCAGGAAGUAUCUAUCCAGGAACUGACCACUUCCUUCACUGCACAGAAUUGCAAUUCACUUGCUGGAAAACCAAAAGUUUUUUUUAUUCAGGCCUGCCAAGGUGAUGCUUUCCAUAAAGGUGUAGCCAUUGAAACAGAUUCUGGAGAGCAAGAUGCUUCUGUAGAGCGGGAUGCAAGGUUUCAGCUUGACUGUAUCCCUGCAGAGGCAGACUUCCUCCUGGGCAUGGCCACCCUGCAGGAUUACGUCUCCUACAGAAGUCCCAAGGAGGGAACCUGGUACAUACAGGCACUGUGCCAACACCUGGAGUACAGCUGUCCUCGAGGGGAAGACGUUCUCACCAUCCUGACAGCGGUAAAUCAAGAAGUGAGCAGAAAAACUUCUGAGCGGGAUGCGAAGAAGCAGAUGCCACAGCCCAGUUUCACCUUGAGGAAGAGGCUCAUCUUUCCUGUCAACUAAAUGGGAGGGAACUGCAUGGCAGAGAGCUGCUGCAACCUGGAAUUGCCUGGUUUCAACUCAGAAUUCAAUCCAGCACAACAGACUUUUAGUGCCUGCUCUUAGCAGAAGAGCAGGUAUUUUUAAUUGAAAAUACGACUGCAGAAAAAAAGUCAUAAUAAAUUUGUUUUAAUACAUUAAUUUGUAUUAACAGUUUAUACUUGAGAGCAUCUCUGAUCUCUCUCAGUGAUUUGCUGGCUAAAAUACACUCGGUGUCUUCUUAUCAGCUGUACUACAUUGCUAUUGCUUUCCUAAGGUAUCUUUACAAGGCAACUUUUAGAAGACAACCAUUAUAAAACCUUGUGUACUUUAUGCCCAACCUUUGCAAAAUAAAGGGAAGAGUGCUGUGAAUUUUAUAGGAUAUAAUCAGCUCACAUCGGUGUGUUUUGUUACUUGUCCCUUGUUACUUAGAAUCAUUCAUUCCUAGUGGCUUGGUACACUUCAAGACAAAGUCAAGCAUUUGUCAUCUGGCAUUCUCAGCAGGAUGUGUCUGUGACCUGGAUUUCAGAGUAAUGCUCUACAUAGCGUAGUCUCAACAGUGAAAAUCAGUUGCUGCGGUACAGCUUCUUGGUUGAAGAUGUCCAGUUAUCCUACCUUCACUUACCUUUCUGAUCUUUGAGUCUUAGUUGUAAGCACAGGAAAAGUAACUAGAUCAGCACCCAGUUCCUUAAAACAUUGUGUAUUGCCUCCCAUGGUGAGCAUGCACACAGAACUGCUUCAAUGUCUACCCCCAUUUGUCACAAAUCUGUAGAGCUCACAUAACGUCAGCUACUGAGAUGAAAAAACAACCGUGGUGGUGUUAGCCAGCGCUGCAGUGCUAACACUGUUACCCUAGAGGAACACACUAGCUGCCGUAAAAGAGGGGAGGAAAAAUCCCCAAAGCACCACCUACGCACAAAACCGUCUGCGGUACCAGAAAAUAUGAACAGAUUCAUUAAAAUCACGGAAAUAUUUAAUCAUUAAAACACUUAAAUACUGUCUAAAUCAAUUUAUUUGCUUCUAAAGCCACCACUUCUGCAGAUCCCAACUCCACUAAGCAUGUGUAUAGUAUAAUAAUCACUACAAAUUUUAGCCACAAAAAGGCCUGAUUUUAGGUUUGUUACAGAACACUGUAGUAGAGAAGAUGACAUUUGGAACAAACCACAGAUCAGCAAUAUACUGAAAAAAUGGCAUGUUAUACAUGUUUAUUAUCAAAUUUACAUUCCACUAUGAAACAACAGUAAGUGCAAAAAGCAGAUGGAAAAAAUACCAUGAAAAUCCCAGACUGUUCAAAACAUUGCAUGUAAUUCCCUCAUGUAACAGCCAAAUGAAACCCAAACCAAUUACUCUCCUUCCCUCUCUGUUGCUGUUUGACUGCAAUAGAGGUUUAACUUUGAUCACAGUUAUUUUGAGCAUGCAGGCAUCACUGAGUUUAUCAAAAACUAACAGUGAAACUAGAAAGCUUUAACUUUGUGCUUUAAGACAAUCGGAAUAAGGUAAAUACAAGAAUUCCCUUCUGUCUGUUGUAACUUGCACAAGCAUGGUUAAGUCAUUUCUAGCAUCCAUGUUUGACUCAAACCUGCAAGAUAACAGAACCUCGCCAAAAUGUAAUUCUCCAUUCAUCCCAGGUCUAUGUCUACUCAAAUAGAAGAUCUGGUGCAGGAUGUCAGCCAUGUUAGUUUGUCACCUCUCACCUCUCUUAUGGGAGACAACAAAAGCCAAAUCAUUCCUAGAAUCAUGGUAACUUCCAAAAUGUUAUCAGAAACACAUGUUAUUUAAAAAAGGUUUAUCUUCUAGGCUGUGGCACAAAAUGGUAAACUCACAAGAAGUAUCAACUUUCCCUGUUACUGCAAGCCAGGCACAUAUAUCCAAACUGUGCAUGACCAUCCAAAGGCAUAAAUCCAUGACAGAAUUUGAACAACACUGCACCACAGCAUCAACCAACUGGGUAAACACACACAAAUACCAUGGUAUAGAGGUUCUUCCAUUUUCUUUUUGCCUUAUCUAAAGUAUUUGAUGAUACACCUCAGCUACAGAACAAACUGACCUCUCAACAUCCACAGCAUUGUUUGAACUGAGCCAGUUUAUAUUGCUGGGCUAUGGAAUAGGGAGAGAAACCCAUGUUCUCCCCAAGAGAAACAUGCAUUUAAUUUAUAUGCUUGUAGAUUAGUUUUACCUGAACCGUGGUCUGCCAUAGGAAUUCUGCCUUAGCUGAUUUGCUACUCUGCUGAUCCAAUGGCUGGAGUUAUGAAGCCACUGAGAAACGCAGUGUAAUACCUUCAAAAAUUAAUCUGUAACUCAGGUAUUCC